AUUUGCUAAAACAUUUGGUUCCUUUGCUUCACCUCGGUGUUCAUAGAAGACAUGGAGACGAUCCUGAGCGUCCUGGGCUUGGAGUGGAUAGACCUCAGAAGUUUUCUGAUAUUUUUCUGUGUUUUUCUGCUGCUGACAGAUGUUGUGAAGAACAGAGUGCCUAGUAACUUUCCACCAGGCCCGUGGUCUUUUCCUUUUAUUGGAGACCUUCCUCGCAUUAAGGCGUCCAAAAUUCACCUGCAGUUUAAAGAGUUUGCAGGGAAAUACGGGAACAUUUUCAGUCUUCGUUUGUUUGGUGGAAGGGUUGUCGUCAUUAAUGGCUACAAGCUGGUGAGAGAAACUCUGAUCCAACAAGGAGAAAACUUCAUCGAUCGUCCCAAAAUCCCCUUAUUUGAUGACUUAGUUGGGAAUAAAGGUCUUGUAGGUUCCAGCGGUAAUCAUUGGAAGCAGCAGAGGAGAUUUGCUCUUCACACACUCAGAAACUUUGGUCUGGGAAAGAAAACCCUGGAGCGAUCCAUCCAGCAGGAGUGUCAGUAUCUCACUGAGGCUUUUGCUGAUCUACAAGGUCAGCCAUUUAAUGUCCAAAAACUAAUCAACAACGCUGUGUCCAACAUCAUCUGCUGCUUGGUCUUUGGGAAUCGAUUUGAGUACAACGACAAGCAGUUCAAGAUCAUCCUUCAACACUUCAAUGAGACGAUUUACCUCGAAGGAACUGUGUGGGCACAGCUUUACAACGCAUUGCCCUGGCUGAUGAAAUGGAUGCCUGGACCUCAUCAGAGGAUUUUCACCAUAACAUACGAAUUAUUAGAUUUUAUUAAAGUAAGGAUCAAGGAACACAAAGAGAACCUGGACCCUUCAUCACCCAGAGACUACAUCGACUCCUUCCUCAUAGAGAUGGGAGAGAAAGAAGACAAGGAUUCUGGUUUUGAUAUCGACAAUUUGUGUUUUUGCGCUCUGGACCUGUUUGGUGCUGGAACCGAAACCACCACCACCACUUUACACUGGGGGCUGCUGUUCAUGAUCCUGAACCCACAAAUACAAGAGCGGGUCCAGGCUGAGAUAGACGCUGUGAUUGGUCCGUCCAGGCAGCCGUCUAUGACUGACAGAGACAACAUGCCUUACACCAACGCUGUCAUCCAUGAGAUACAGAGGAUGGGGAACAUCAUACCGUUAAAUGUGCCCCGCACAGCUAACCAGGACAUCACAGUGGAUAAAUACUCCAUCCCAAAGGGCACCAUCAUCCUUUCUAUACUGGACUCAGUUUUACACGAUGAGUCCAUGUGGGAAACUCCGUACACCUUCAAUCCUCAGCACUUUCUGGGAAAGGACGGCAAAUUCAGGAAGAGAGAAGCAUUUCUUCCCUUCUCUGCAGGUAAACGUGUGUGUCUCGGGGAGCAGCUGGCCAGGAUGGAGCUGUUCCUCUUCUUCACCUCCCUCCUCCAGAGGUUCACAUUUUCAUCUCCUCCAGGAGAGAAGCCCAGUCUGGAUUACAAACUGGGAGUAACCCAUUGCCCCAAACCUUACCGCCUCUGUGCCGUGCCGCGUUAAACUGCUGCCUGAUGACAAGAAAUUACCCCGCUGAUAUUUCUCCUUUAUAAAUUUAAUCAUUAUAUUAGGAGGAUGAACCUUUGUGAUGCAAUAAAUAUGAAAUAAUAAUGUAAAAUUGGCUGAUUUUGAUAUUUGGCUGAUUGUUGCAGUACUAACAUCACCAUCAUCAUCAUCAUUAUCAUCAUCACAUUUCAGUAACAAAGCAGUUCAAAGAGCUUUAAGGUUUAAAUGCUUCACAAAAAACAAAAAAAAUGCAAAGUCAUCAACCAUUGUAACAUGCUCUUGCUUUAAUCUCUGCUGGUUCUGCAUUACUCACUACCUCCACAAGAUGGCAGAAUAAUUUGGACAAAGGUAAAAGCGUUGACGUCACUCACUACAAUGAACGAGCAAGAUUAAAACAAAUCUUGUUUAAAUUUUCAGCAUCAGAUAUUAAAUAUUCUGAUGUUUCAAAGUAUUCUGAUGAGAUUUGAUGUUUUAUCAGGUCUCAUAAUAAAUUAUCACCAGAAUUUUUAUCGAUUGGCUUAAUGUAUGUAGAAAGUUAAGUUUCAGCAGCUUCUGAGUAAACUCCAAAAGACCUUUACUCAGAGAAACCUCCACAGUUCAGUCAACAAGCAGCAUAUUGGAACGAUUUAAGUUGUUGUUUUAAAAACAAGAGACAUUGUCAGAGAAAUCUUUGUAGAACAAUAAAGAUAACGUUUGGAGAUAUUCAUAAAGCCGUCAUUUUGAAACCUUAUUUGAACGUGUGUAUCUAGUGGAUGAGAGAAAUUACAGAGAGGGCUGCUUGGAUGGAUCAAUCAAAGCUUCUGUGAUAAAACAUGAGUCCCAGUCGUUUGUAAAUGACUGACUGAAGAUGCAGCUCCCUUAGAUUUUCAUUCCUAGCCUGAUCAGUGGGGGACUGGUGACACUAAAAGGUCAUACAGCUACAUCCUCACAGAAGAAGACAGAAAAGCAUUACUCAUACACCCACACCUUGGAUGCCAGGAUUGCUGAUCAGCAGCCCCCAGUAGUGCACUCAAAAAAUGACUCAUUGGAUGAACACAAUUCAAUUUUGGGCAGGUUUUCCAUCCAAUAAAUUAGUUUCUAUAGGUUAAGUUUGUUCACUGAAACAGUAAACCAUUAUUUAUUGAUUGAAUCUAAAGUAUUUAAGUUUGACCAACUCAAUUCUACCUUUAGCAUCUUCUUUAAUUUGAUUUAAGUUUCUAUAAAUCCAUGAAUUUUCAUCAGUUGUAUAAUAUAUAUCCACUGACUUAAUGCACUUCACUAUUUCCAUUCCAAAAUCAAAUAUUUGUGAUGUUAUUUUCAGACUGGAUGACAACAUUCUUUGGCUCUUCUUGCACUUCAGCUGCUGCUAAAAACUAUGGACGACAAUUUUAUUACCUCAGUUUGAGCAGUUGCAGAAUAUGAAUGAGAAUCCAGAUGUGCUGCUGCCAAAAUAAUGAACCCACAUUAUCCCAGCAUUUGGUUCAUACUUCAAAAUAGUCAUGAAACAAGAACAUCUGUGAGACUUUGCAGAGACCAUCCAUGUUGAGGCUGAUUGUACCUUUCAGAAAAUGAUUCUCGUGAAAGGGCACGUUUGGAGACAGGAUAUAAAGAUGAUGUAACAAUGUGACGCUGUUGAUAUUAAGCCGAUGGUCUAGAUAUGUACUUUGUUAACUUUGUCUGAAAAACAAAAUCUUGGAGGCAGAAAAGAAGGUCAAACAUCCUGGGUGCAGUGAUGGAAUCUGAUCUGAACUUUCAGAGCCACAAAAAGACAAUCACAAAGUCGGCCUUCUGUCACCUGAAGAGCAUUUCCAGGAUUAGAGGGCUAAUGUCUCAGCAAAACCUGGAGAAACUCAUCCAUGUGUUUAUCUUUAGUCGCUUCGGUUACUGCAAGUGUUUUCACAGGUCUUAACAUAAUGGAUUAAGAAUUUCACAUUGACACUGGACUAAAUGUAAUGUUUCCUUUGUUGAUUCAGUGUCACACGACUUUGUGUUUUUGUAUUUUUAUGAUGUAAAGCACCUUGAAAUGCCUUGUUGCUAAAAUGUGCUGUACAAAUAUAAUUUGAUUGAUUAAUGAUUCGUUACCCUUUGCAUCUAAAACCGGAAAGAAAGUGAAUCUGAAACUCAGUGUGAUUGAAAAUGUACAAAAUGUUGCGAAAUAUGUUUUUGAAAGGAAAAAUAAAAAAAAGUUUUUUCUUUUAAA